AUGAAACUGAUUGAUUGGAAUAGGUCAGGAAAUCGAUUUCAUAUUGAAGAUAUAAGAGUAUUGAAUGGAAUUUCUGUCGAAUUAUACAUUUCACUUCUUACUAUUAUAUAUUCUGUAUUACAAGGAAUGUUGUUCCAAAAACCAGUUAAUGCCGUACUAUUUGCUAUCAUUGGAUUUACUCAAUUACGACUUUUCUGGUUCUUAUAUACGGGAUGGCGCUACAAAUCAUCUUAUCUCCUAUGCAUGCAUUUCGUGUUAUCAUUCUUUUGCAUUAUUGUUAUAUUCGCAUUAUGUGUUAUCAUUGGAUUUAUGGACAUAUACUCAAUUGGACCAUUUCAUCACAUAUAUUUAAGAAGCUAUUUCCAAUCUCACAUUUUGGUAGGAAUAUGUUCGUUAGUGCCAUUUAUCAUUGGUUUCAGUGCAAGUUGGAGAUUUUAUUGGGUAAUAAGAAUGAUUGCAUAA